GGUCCGUCCCUCGCCUUUCCCCUUUCUCUUACCAUGCCGGCGGGUCCUGGGAGCCGCCUCGGGUUAGCAGCGCAGCUCGGGAGCGUGGCGUGAAACACUUCCGAGGGAUCCCGAUGUGUCUGUUCCAGUCUGCCGCUAGAAGGCUGGUUCCCCAAGUGCGUUGUGGACUUAAGGCCUCGUCUUCAAAGAAGUUUGGCUUGGAAAUGGCCCGUCCUAGUUCAAACAUGGCUGAUUUCCGAGAGGUGUUUGCCAAAGCCAAGCACAUCGCCAUCAUCACCGGAGCCGGGGUCAGUGCCGAGAGCGGUGUCCCCACCUUCAGAGGGGCUGGAGGCUUCUGGAGAAAGUGGCAAGCCCAGGAGCUGGCUACUCCAGGGGCUUUUGCACGAAACCCUUCCCGUGUGUGGGAAUUCUACCACUACCGGCGGGAAGUGAUGCUGAGCAAACAUCCCAAUCCAGCCCACAUUGCCAUUGCAGAGUGUGAGAAGCGUCUCAGCAAGCAAGGAAGGAGUGUUGUGGUCAUUACUCAGAACAUUGAUGAGCUGCACAGGAAGGCAGGCACCAAGCAGCUCUUAGAAAUCCACGGUAGUUUAUUUAAAACUCGGUGCACCAGCUGUGGAAACGUGGCUGCGAAUUACAAGAGCCCGAUCUGCCCCGCAUUGGCUGGGAAGGGGGCUCCAGAUCCUGACACAGAAGAUGCUGCAAUUCCAGUUGAAGACCUUCCUCAGUGUGAAGAGGAUGGCUGCAAUGGGCUCCUGCGGCCCCACGUUGUGUGGUUUGGUGAAGCCCUGGAUCCCGGUGUGCUCACGGAGGUGGAGAAGGAGCUGGAUAUUUGUGACCUCUGCUUGGUCGUCGGGACCUCGUCCGUGGUGUAUCCUGCGGCCAUGUUCGCCCCGCAGGUCUCGGCCAGAGGAGUCCCAGUCGCGGAGUUCAACACGGAACCCACUCCUGCCACCAACAGGUUCAGGUUCCACUUCCCGGGCCCCUGCGGGACCACGCUGCCGCCGGCGCUGGCGCGACACGAGACGGAGAUCAUCUCCUGAGCCCUGGGAUCACCUCCUGAGCCCUGGAUCACCUCCUGAGCCCUGGGAUCACCUCCGGGGCGGCCUGGGCCGGCGGGGCGCAGGGCGGGGCGCAGGGCCGGAGCCGGGCAAUAAAGGCGCGGCGGGGCCACCCGGG